UAAAACUUGAGAAAAAGCAAAAGGAAACACACACAAAACAUUAAUCUUAACUUUCUCUUUCUUUCUUUUUGUAAUAUCUCUUUCACUCACUUUAAAGUUUCUUCAGAGAUUCGAAAACAAUAUCUUCCAGAAACUGCUUCAAGUUUCUUCUACUCGAUCAACCUCAUCACCCACUUCUCAUAAAAAGCACCAACCCAAUCCAACUUUCAAAUCUUUUCCUCAGUCUCUUUAUUCAUUUUCAGACAAGAUUCGAGACAAUCUUGUGUUCUGCUGAUUUGUUGUACUACAAUACAAACUUAUGGAUCGGAAGAAAGGGUGCAAGAUCAGGAAGAGAGGUGGUUCUUCCUCCUCUUCUUCAUCUCUAGCUCGUCAAAACCGCUUCAAACGCGCAAUUUUCGCCGGUAAAAGAGCCGCACAAGACAACGGCGGCUCAGGAACUCCGGUGAAGUCCAUCUCCGCCGCUAAAACUCCCGUACUCUUGUCCUUAUCGCCGGAAAAACAUUCUGUAGAUCAAUUUCAGAAACUCCCAAUGUCGGCAAGAAAGCUGGCGGCAACUCUGUGGGAGAUCAGCGACGGCGGCACAGAUCCUGCCCUAAACUCCGACAGAGAUAACUUGAGAAGCAAGAAACCGUCGAGAAACAUAAGGAAGAAGCCAACAGAGAUCUCUUCCAAUCACAUCCAGCUAAACUCAUCCGAUCCCAUUUCCCGGUUUGGAUCAGAGAGAACCAUUCUCCAUGAAAGAGCAACAGAUCCUCAGAAACAAAAACUAAUAGAAUACAAAACCACCGGCACAAACUCGGUGAAAACUCGUUUCAAGAACAUCAACGACGGCUUAAAAACGUCUAAAGAGCUCGUAAAGGUGUUAAAACGUAUCGGCAAACUCGGAGACGAUCACAAGACAGCAAGCAACCGUUUAAUCUCAGCUCUGGUUUGCGAACUAGACAGAGCAAGAUCUUCUCUGAAGCAUCUGAUGAGCGAGUUCGACGCUGAGGAGGAGGAGAGACGAAGUUUAAUAGAGAAGCUUCGAGAAGAGGCGGUGGUCGAGAGAAAGCUCAGGCAACGAACGGAGAAGAUGAACAGAAAGUUAGGGAGAGAGCUGGAGGAGGCUAAGGAAAGGGAGAGGAAGAUGAAGGAGGAGAUGGAGAGAGAGAAGAGAUCGAGAGAUGUUCUUGAAGAAGUGUGCGAUGAGCUGGCGAGAGGAAUCGGAGAAGAUAAGAAGGAUAUGGAGAAAGAGAGGGAGAUGAUGCGAAUAGCUGAUGUUCUGAGGGAAGAGAGGGUUCAGAUGAAGCUUAUGGAGGCGAAGUUCGAGUUCGAGGAGAAACACGCCGCCGUGGAGCGGCUUAAGAAGGAUCUCCGGAGGGUUCUUGAGGGAAAAGGGUCGUCGGAGAUUGGUCGAGUUUUAGAGAUAAUAGAUGGUUCUGAUGAUGAGAGUGAUCUUAAGUCGAUUGAGCUGAACAUGGAGAGUGGAAGUAAGUGGGGUUAUGUCGAAGAUGAUGAUCCUGUGGAGAAGAGAUCAGUGGUUGUUGAUAACGGGGAGAGAGAUGAAUCUUUGAAGACUCUAAAAGAGUACAUUGUUUCCAAUAUGAGAUUCAUUGGUUCCUCCUCGUCGGAGCAGUGGAAUCAUCGGCACUUACCAAGCGUGGAGUUUGUGUAAUCACCGGAGCCAGAGCCAGCAAGAAAAAAAUAGUAUCAUUUUUUAAUGUGUAUAUGUAUUUUAUUCAAUUUAAUUUUUGGAUUUUAUCUAGCAAAAUGUAAUUUUAAUAUAAACCACCAUAAGUUACAUAUCUUAGUCAAAUCACUGCUUUAAAUUCUAUUCAUGUUAUUAAACAUUAUAUUUUCACCUUGA